AUGCGGAGUGGGAUCGGCCUGGAUUGCAACGUGGCGUAUCGCGAAAUUCCUAUUUGCAGUGGGUAUGACGACGAGGGGAAUCCUAUAGUGGAAUUGGUGGAGUGGCCGUUUGUCCUUCCCCAUCAAUUGGUAGCAGCAAUGAUUCAGAACGGCUUCCUGAACGUGCUGGUGCAAUUGGACAAGAUGGUCGACUACUGGCAUCACAUGUUGAAGGAGUUUCCUGACCAUCCAGCUGCUUCUAUGGUUUCUGCAUCUGCACCCCUGAGCUUAUAUGGUGACGAAGGGCAAGCUCUUGGAGGAUCAUAUAUGGCCUUUCAUUUUCAAUCUGAUCUAUCUCCAUGCCUCAAAAAUGCUGGAGCUAGUCGCUUUUUGAUCACCACCAUCCCAUCGAGUUACUAUGUCUUUGCUGGAAAAGUCAAUCUGACACUGCAAUCUGCUGCAAAAAUCAUUUGUGGAUCGCUGAACGAGCUGUCACGCAAUGGUGUGGCAAUCCCUGGUGAUGUAUCGGACCAUGCUGUGAAACUUCGAUUCUACGUGAUGAACUUUAAGGGUGAUUGGAAGUACCUGGUGCAGCUGUUCAACUUCCGAAAGAACCCAUCAACGGAGAAGGUAUGUUGGAAGUGCGAAGCGACGAAAGGGAAUACGGAUAUGACCAAUGCCUACACUGACGUGGCGGAACAUGCGCCAUGGAAGGCUACCCUGUGGACAUCUUUGCCAUGGCCUAUAUCCGAAGUUCCCGAGCUGACUAAGGUGACUGGCUUUGAUGUCAAGAUGAUAUCAGCAGACUUGUUGCAUACCUGGCAUUUAGGGUGUGGCCGCGAUUUGACAGGCAGCUGCAUCAAAGUGCUGGUGGGUCUACGUUAUUUCCAUGGAAGAUCAAUUGAGCGAAGCUUGGCGCAGGCCACGGUUCAGCUGAAGAGAUUUGCAAAACUGCACAAACACAGUCUUGUGCUUCGCAAGCUGACGAAAGCGAACUUGAACUGGUCCGACUACCCAGAGCUGAGGUGCAAGGGCUUUGACACAUUCGUGGUUUUGGCGUGGCUGCAACAUGAGUUCAGUCUACAAUCGAAGUUAGAUCUGAUGACUACAGCGGUAUGGUGCAUGGAUUCUUUGAUGCGAAUGUUGGCACACAGUGGCAUGCACCUGUCAGAGAUGCAACAGCGACAAAAGACCAUUCUGGGCAGUAUAUACAUGAACUGUUACAUGACGCUGGCUCAGAAGGCAAUCGAAGAUGGAAAGAAACUAUGGCGUGUUCGCCCGAAAAUUCACAUCCUACAUCAUUGCAUACUGGAAGACCGCGAGUCGAGGUUAAACCCCCACUAUAGUGCUACAUGGAUGGAUGAGGACUUUGUGAAAAGGACCAUGCGUGUGAAGAAAAGGACACAUAAGCGUACUGCCACCAGUGCGACGCUGUGUCGGUGGCUCAUGGGCCUUCCAAAACAGAUGCAAUUGUCCCUUGACCAGCUCUGA